AUGGAUCCGGCGGAGGGCUCCGCGGCAGGUUCCGCGGAGCCUGCGGUUGGGCCCGCGGAAGUCCUGGCGGAAGGCCUGGCGGAAGGUCCGUCGGAAGGCGGAACUGGUGUUGCGGGUGGUGGGUUGGGUUCAGAUGCCGGAAGGGGAGCGGAAUUGGCGGGAGAAGGGGGAAUCGCCGAAACAGUGGGGGAAGGGGACGCCGGGGAGGGUGGGGGAGGGGCGGAAGCAAGUGAGGGGAAGGGCGUGGGAGUGGGCGGAUCUCCCCCAAUGCAGCGGGAGGGGGAAGUGGUGGCAGUAGGGGCGGAAGACGUUUUGGCGGAGGGGCAAGGGGAAGGCGCGUUGGUGGAGGGACAAGGGGAAGGCGCGUUUGCGGAAGGGGAAGGGGAUGGGGAAGGUGCUGGUUUGGGGGGAAUUGAAAAAGUGGCCGGAGAGGCGGCAACAGGCAGUGGUGACAUUAAGGGGGGAGAUAGAGGAGAUUUUUCUCCUUCGAGUGGGUGUGGAGUGGAUCAGGGAGGAGUGGGGGGAGAAAGAGGCGAGGAGGAGCAGAGAGGAGGGGGAGGGAAAGAUCAAGAAGAGAAAGGGGGGGAUGAGAUGGCGGAUGGGGAGAAAGGGGAUGAAAAGAAGGGGGAUGAGGAGAUGGGGAAAGAGGAUGAGGGUGGAGGGAAGAAGUUGAAAGGGGAGAAGGGGGGAGAGGAGAAGGGGGGAGAGGAGAAGGGGGGAGAGGAGAAGGGGGGAGAGGAGAAGGGGGGAGAGGAGAAGGGGGGAGAGGAGAAGGGGGGAGAGGAGAAGGGGGGAGAGGAGAAGGGAGGAGAGGAGAAGGGGGGAGAGGAGAAGGGGGGAGAGGAGAAGGGGGGAGAGGAGAAGGGGGAAGAGGAGAAGGGGGAAGAGGAGAAGGUUGGAGAGGAUAAGGGGGGAGAGGAGAAGGGGGGAGAGGAGAAGGGGGGAGAGGAGAAGGGGGGAGAGGAGAAGGGGGGAGAGGAGAAGGGGGGAGAGGAGAAGGGGGGAGAGAAGGUUGGAGAGGAGAAGGGGGGAGAGGAUAAGGGGGGAGAGGAUAAGGGGGGAGAGGAUAAGGGGGGAGAGGAUAAGGGGGGAGAGGAAAAGAGGGGAGAAGAUAAGGGGGCAGAGGAGAAGGGGAGAAAACUGACGGGUGAAAUGGAUGAUGGGGAUGAGGAGAUGAAGGAAGCGGAGUCAGGAAGCGGUGAGAAGGGGGACGACGUGACACGAAGAGAGAAGGCGGGGGAAGAGGAGACAGGAAGAGAGGCGAGGGAGGAAGAAGAGAAGGGGGACGAGGGGAUGGAAAUAGGGGCAAUGGGGGAAGAGGAGAAAAAGGGAGAGGGGCCACAUGAGGAGGAGGGGGCAGCAGCAGCAGCUGACGAAAACAGUGCACGCGAGGAUUUGUUAGCAACUGCUCCUGCUUCCGCUCCUGCUGCCACUCCUCUUCUUGUUGAUGUCGCAGCAGCAGCUGCAGUGAGUGCACCAGCGGCAGCAGCAGACGUGCCUAUAACGAAUGGCAUAGUAAUGCAGAUCCCAGCACUCAAGACUGCUCUACAGGACACGGCAGCUGUUGAGUCGACUGACAAACUAUCAACAGAGAGCACUGCUGUGCAGCAGGUGCCUACUCACGAGAGGCCUCUUGUGCUGGAUGUGGCAAGUGUACCAGUCAAGGCUGCUGCAGCACAGAGCGUAACCCAGGGUGUAACACAGGCUGUAACGCAGAGUGCAACGCAGAGUGUAACACAGGCUGUAACACAGAGUGCGACCCAGAGUGUAACACAGGCUGUAACACGGAGUGCAACCCAGGGUGUAACCCAGAGUGUUCCUGGCUGUGCUGAGCUGCCUGACGCUCAGCUGGACGCUCAAGUGACAGCUGGUGUUAACUCACUCGAGUUGCCCAGCGAUGCUGAGGUUCCCGAGUCAGCUCAAAUCUCUGCUGCUGCUGUGAAGGCAGAGACUGGAGUGGGUGCUGCUGCGGAUACUACUGACUCACCUGUUGCUGACGCACCAGCUGAUGCGGCCACCAGAGUAUCUUCCUUCUUGCCCACACCGCCACCCCCAGCUCAUGCCCCUGUCUCUGCUGCAGAACCCCUCUCUGCUACCAAUACUCUUCCCUCUCCUCUUCCUCCACCCCAUCCCCCUCCUGCUGCUCUUGCUCCAUCCUCACACCUCCCUCCCCCCUUUCCUCCUCCUCCUAGUCCUACGCCCGCCGCCCCUCCCUUAUCCCUCACGCCAGCUCAGCUCUCCCUCCUCCAAUCGCAGCGCGACUGCUUCGCCACGCUGGCGGCUGGCCAGCCACUCACGGACCGCCAGCUGGCGGGCCUUUUCCCGCCGCAGCUGGUGCGUCAGAAGGUCGAGGCGCUCAGGAGGAUCAGGCGGGCGGCAGAGGAGAGAGUGAGGGUGGGGAGGGAGAUGGUGAGAGAGGGGGAGUGGGGGAAGCUCGUGGAGGAAGGGGAGAGGGAGGAGAGUGAGAAAGUGGGAGAGAGGAUUGUGAAACUGGAAUCCUUGCUGGCGGUUGUGCAGGCGCCAGCUGUCAGGAGAUCAUUGGAGAUCCAGCUCAGGUGCCUGAAGCUUCGUGGGUUGCAGAGGAAGGUUCGUUUUGAGGUGCUGGCUGAGAAGAGGAUCGCUGACUGGGCUUCGGGCGGGGAGCUGACUGGUCGUUCGGUGAACGGGCAUGCUGACGUGGCAGAUGCUGACGUGGCACGUGCUGAGCUGGCUGAUGACGAAUCGGAUACAGUCAAAGUGGUAGAAGAUGAUGUGGCAGUGGAAAGUGGGCGGGUGGGGAAGAAAUGGAGAGCAGUUGAAAGUGAGAGUGAGAUAGAGGUAUUGGGAGAGGGGGAUGAGAGUGAGAAAGUGGAUAAGGAGAGAGAGAAGCGAGUGAGAAAGGAGGAGGAAGAGAGAAUCAUGAAUGCCAACGUGGCACAUGGGCGGCACCAGCCGCUGCUGGACUGGAGCCUGCUGCGUCUGACGCAUGCUGACGUGGAACGCGCGAUGCUGAGGUGGCAGCUGCCACCUGGCAUGAAGCCAUCAGAGGAGGAUGUGGAGGCGUGGGAGGUGGAGGCUGAGGUGGAAGACUUAUGGGACGAGGAUUACUAUGAGGAGGGGUUCGGGUUUGAGAUAGAGGCAAGGAAGAGGGAUGCUGCAGCGGCGGCGGCGGCUGCUCGGGCUGCUGGUGGUGGGGCUGUGAUUCAAGCUGCCAUCCCUUGUUCCUCCCCAAUCUCCCCUCCGUGCUCUUCCCCCCUUUCCAUUCGCCCACUACUCUACCUCCCCCAACCUUUUUCCCAACCUCAUCUCCCCCCACCCCCCAUCUUCCCCCUUUCCUUUCCAAAGGCGGCUCGACGGGCCCGUCGGGCGGCAGACUCGGUAGAAUCCGCCGCCCGGUUCUUCGCUGACGUGGCGCAGGCGGGGCGCGACAUGUCAGCGGCCAGCCUGGCGGAGCAGCGGCGGCGGAAGCAGCGGAGCGACGGCGUGCUGACGUGGCACGCGCGUCAGAAGCAGCGGGCGUCGCGUGCUGAGCGAAUGCGAGUGCAGGCACUUAAAGCUGGGGAUCAGGAGGCGUAUUUCAAACUAGUGGAGGAGAGUAAGAACGAGAGGUUGCAUACUCUUUUAGGGAAAACGGAUGAGCUUUUACAGAGGCUGGGGGCAAUGGUUCAGAAACAGAAAGAUGCUGGUGGGGGUGGGGGUGGUGGUGGGGAGGGUGGUGUGGGAGGUGGUGUGGGGGGUGGAGGAGGGGUUGAUGUUGCUUUUGGGGGAGGUGAGGGGAGGGGAGCAGCAGAGGCGGAUGGGGGAGCAGGAGGGGAGGGAGGGGGGGCAGGAGAGGGGCAAGAGGGGCCGCAGGAGGGGGCAGCAGGGCAGUCGAAGCGUGACUUAAUGGAGGGGCAGAGGCGGUAUGAUCGAGCAGUGCAUUCGAUAGAAGAGAAGGUGACGGAGCAGCCCUCGCUAUUGUCACCCGGGCGGCAGCUUCGGCAGUAUCAGAUGGAGGGGUUACAGUGGAUGGUCUCCCUUUAUAAUAACAAUUUAAACGGCAUUUUGGCGGACGAAAUGGGGCUCGGAAAAACCAUACAAACGAUCGCGUUUAUCGCGUUUAUGGCGGAGAAAAAGGGGGAUUACGGGCCGCAUCUGGUGUUGGCUCCCAAGGCUGUGCUUCCGAACUGGGGAGUGGAGUUUGCGGCGUGGUUUCCCUCUUGCAGUGUGGUGAUGUAUGAUGGAAGGCAGGACGAGAGGAAGCUUCUGAGAGAGAAGUUUGGAGGGGCGCUUGCAGGGAGGAGAGGAGGAGGAGGGAGGAGGGGCGGGUGGAGGGGGGGAGGGCGAGGAGGGAGGGGAGGGAGAGGAGGGAGUGUGGUGGAUGAUGAUUGGGGGAGUGAGGAGUCUGGGGGAGGAGGGGGAGCGGGGGGAGUGGGGGGAGGAGGGGGAGUGACUGGGCCAGAAGGGGAAGAGUAUAAGUUCAGUGUGCUUCUGACGCACUAUGACCUUAUUAUCAGGGAUAAGGCGUUCCUAAAAAAGAUUAAGUGGCACUAUGUGAUAGUAGACGAGGGUCACCGGCUUAAGAACCACGAGUCGGUACUUAGUAAAACGCUGGUGGCUGGUUACUCGAUCCGGAAAAGACUUUUGCUGACCGGGACGCCGAUUCAGAACAGCCUCGGGGAGCUCUGGGCACUGCUGAAUUUUCUUCUGCCCGCAAUUUUCAACUCGAGCGACAAUUUUGAGGACUGGUUCAAUGCGCCGUUUGCGGAUAAGUGCGAUGUGUCUCUGAACGAGGAGGAACAGCUGCUGGUCAUUCGGAGGCUGCACCAGGUCAUCCGUCCCUUCAUUCUCCGUCGAAAAAAAUCCGAAGUCGAGAAAUUCCUCCCACAGAAGCGCCAAGUGAUCCUCAAAUGCGACAUGUCCGCAUGGCAGCGCGAGUACUACUCCCAAAUCGUCUCCGCCGGCUGCGUCGGCCUAGACGACAGCGGGGGAGGAGGCAAAUCCAGAGCGCUUCAGAACACAGCCAUGCAGCUGCGCAAGUGCUGCAACCACCCGUACCUCUUUCUACUAGACGCACUCGACCAUCCCUACCAGCCGAAUUCCCCCAACGAGCGCGUUCGGGCAAGUGGAAAGUUUGAGCUGCUGGACCGGAUUCUGCCCAAGUUACAGGCCGGGGGGCACAGGAUUUUAAUGUUCUCUCAGAUGACUAAGGUGAUGGAUUUGUUAGAGGAUUACCUACGAUCGGUCGGCAUGCUUUAUCUGCGUCUGGACGGCAUGACCAAAACAGACGAACGAGGCCGCCUGUUACAGCUGUACAACGCUCCGGAUUCGCCGUAUUUUAUCUUCCUGCUGAGCACGCGUGCGGGCGGCCUGGGGCUGAACCUGCAAACGGCCGAUACGGUGAUUUUAUUUGAUUCUGAUUGGAAUCCACAGAUGGAUCAGCAGGCAGAGGAUCGGGCACACAGGAUCGGGCAGAAGCGGGAGGUUCGGGUGUUUGUGCUUGUGAGCGUGGGGUCUAUAGAGGAGGAGAUUCUAGAGAGGGCGAAAGGCAAGAUGGGAAUUGAUGCGAAGGUGAUUCAAGCGGGCAUGUUCAAUACCACGUCGACGGCUCAGGAGAGGAGAGAGCUACUGGAGCAGAUUAUGAAGAGAGGGAAGAUUCCCGAUUUGGCUCCCGAUUUGCCGGAUGAGAGUGAGACGAAUCGGCUGAUCUCGAGAUCGGAGGAGGAGUUUGAGAUGUUUGAGCGGAUGGAUGAGAUGCGGAGGCGGCAGUUUGGGGCGGCGCGGCUUGGACUGAUGGAAAAGGACGAGGUGCCGGAGUGGGUGUUUUUUAAGGGGGGGGAGGGAGGGGAGGGGGGGGGAGGGGGGAGUGGGGGAGGAUGGAGCGGGGAUGGAGAUGGGGAGGAGGAAGAGGAAGCAGAAGCGAAGGUGAAGAGGAGGAGAGUGAGGAGGAGAAUUACAGGGGUGAUGUCAGGAGGGGAGGCAGAGAGAGGAGAGGGGAGGAGGGAAGGAGGAUGGGGAGGAGCAGAGAGGGGAAGUGGGGGUGGGCAGGGCUAUGCUGUUUUUUCUGCUGGGGUGAGUGGUGGUGGUGGUGCUGGUGCUGCUGCUGGUUACAGUGGUGGUAGUGGUGAUGGUGGUGGUGGUGUUGCUGGCGCUGGUUAUAGCGAUGGUGGUGGUAGUGGUGGUGGUGGUGAUGAUGAUGGGGAUGAUAGUGAUGGUACUGGUGCUGGUGGUGACUAUUCCGAUCGUGACUUCAGAGAGGGCAGCGGCGGCCGUUUUGGGCACAGCAGUGGAGGGUUUGGUGCUGCAGGGGCAAGAGGAGGAGGAAGAGGAGUAGGAGGAGGUUACUACAACGAGGGGAGAGGAGGUGACUAUAACGAGGGGGAGGGAGGAUUCAUGGAUGCUCACGAGGGGAAUGAAGAGAGCGAUGAAAUGGAGGGGCUAUGGGAGGAAGAGUAG